AACCGCCAUUGCUGUUUUGGGUUGUGCUGCUUUCGAGACUGAGCUGAUAUCUUGAUAUCUAAGGUGCUGUCGCCCAAGGUUUUCAUUCAGAUCUCCAAAACUGUACGCCUGUUCCCGUUUUUGCAGCUUAUUCCACGUCUGGAUAAUCUGCUCUUCAACACCCGCGGACUCGGGCGAUUCCAGCUUCUAUCCCUGAUCUGAUCAAACCAAGUAUGCAACACCAGAAACUCGCAUUGGAUUGAUCUAGAACUGCGAAGGGUGAAAAUGGACAGUGACUCAAAGGCAAGGAGAGAACGCAUUGUGAAAGAUGCUGAAACCAAUGAGAUUACCGAUGACCAGAUCCAUGACGACACUCGGACAGACCGCGAGACACCCAGCGUGGAUGAUCAGAAACCAGUCGAUUUCGAUCCAGAAUCCGAACUUUUGCUGGAUAUGAAUCCUAGCCGUUUAGAAGCGAUCUAUGACUACAAUGAAGGAGGUCACUGCCCUAUUGAACUCGGCAACACGCUGUAUGGUGAUCGAUACCGUGUGAUUCAUAAGUUGGGCAACGGAGGUUUUGGCAAUGUUUGGCUUUGUCGAGACUUACGACACGAGACCCCCCACUACGUAGCCGUCAAAGUCCUAAUGGCUGAACUUACUGACGACUGUGGGGAAUUAAAGGCCAUGGAACUACUCAAACGCAUCCCGGAGGAGGAAUUGGCGAAUAACCAUAUCUGCAUUGCGAUCGACUUCUUCGAGCAGAGGAGCCCUAACGGAAAUCACUUCUGCUUUGUGUAUCCUCUCCUAGGACCACCUGUCCCGCUUGCUCUGGAAGAUACGAGAAAUACAGCACAGUCUAUCGUCGACUUGAAACGGGUUGUCUUAGAGAUAUCACAGGCACUGGCCUGCCUUCACCGCAACGGGAUCUGUCAUGGUGACUUGACAGCCAAAAAUAUCUUGUUUCAGCUAGAAGGAAUUGACGGUCUUUCGGAAGCCGAAGUAUUCCAAGCUCUAGGCGAGCCGCAACGCAAUCCAGUAAUUACGGCCACUGAAGAGAAGCACAACAGAGACACUGCUCCCCAAUAUCUGGUUUACCCGAUUGACUUUGGAAAAGUCGAUAAACGCUAUAUAGGAGAGCACAUCCGACUAAUUGACUUUGGGGAAGCAUUCGAUAUCCUUUCACUGCCGCCUGAUAUCGGAUUACCACCAAUGUACUGCCCUCCAGAGCUAGUCCUCGAUAAACGUGUUAGUGUCGGGUGCGAUCUCUGGGCUCUAGGAGUCACUCUCUUCGAAAUGCGUGCUGGGGUGCGCCCAAUCAACAUUCUCGAUUCCGGGGAAAUCGACGAAUAUCUAUACCACCUGGUACUAAUGCUCGGCAAGCUACCAGAACCAUGGUGGUCAACGACUUGGAAGGCGCGACGAGAGUGCUUUACGGAUGAAAUGGAUUCAGACAAUAGGCCAGAGCAGACUGGUGACCCUGAGAGUAGAACGAACGAGUCUUCGUCGAUCGGAUCUAGAUUGAAGGGUCACUUGUUCUGGGAUUGGGACACUCUCUCAAUGGACUUCAGUAAACAUAUAACGCCCCCGGAGGAGCUUGAGGGCUUUGUGGACCUGCUAGAAAAGCUCCUUCGGUAUGAUCCUGCGGAACGGUUGACUGCGCGGGAGGUAUCUCGGCAUCCUUGGGUUACGGAAUGAUUGACUACGUGUGGCAUAGUUAUCUUGACCACUAUGAGUUGAUAGUCAUGUUGGUGAUCGUUUAUUGUGUGCGUCAGUUCAGUUGCUUUAUCCACCAUAAGCAUUAGAGACUUUCAUAUGUUACUUUGCCUUUCCAAACUGAAUGGCCAAAACGAUGUGGGGAUCUUUUCUCACAUGGUAGUGUACUGAAUAUUUGUGUGUUCCUUGGCCCUACUCCCGUGACCUAAGAAGGACCCGGCAGAACUAGAGGGUAGAGAUAAUGGUAGGAGAGGAUAAGGAAAAGGAGAGAAGAAGAGGCAGAGAGUGAAUGUAGAUGUGAAGUAGAACUCAUGUAUCAUGGUUCGAGUCGUUCAAACUACUAGAAGCUACCAGGGCACCUUGUCUAGAAGUCAAGUCUAUGUAGACAUAGUAUCC